UUCCAGAGCACGGAAUACAAACAGUGAAACUAGUACAUCACGUGUUAUUUCCAAAAAUAACGAUGUUCCAAAUGAAAUGGAUUCCGGAUUCAACAAGAAAAAACUAUGCCUGCAAUGUUACCAAGAACGACAUUUGUAUCCUUCAACUGCAUCCAGAGUACGAAAUACAAGCAAUGAAACUAGUACAUCACGUGUUACUUCCACAGAUAACUAUGUUGCACAUGAAAUGUUGGAUCCUCGAUUAAAAUUGAAAAGAUCAAGCCAAAAGAAUUACGAAGAACGAAAUUCGUUUUCUUCAACUACAUCCAGAGCACGAAAUACAACCAAUGAAAGUGGUACAUUACGUAUUACUUUUAAAAAUAACCAUGCUCCAUAUGAAAAGUUGGAUCCUCGAUUAAAAUUGAAAAAAUCAUGCUCAAAAAACUACCAAGAAAGAAAUUCGUUUUCUUCAACUGCAUCCAGAGUACGAAAAACAACCAAUGAGACUAGUACAUCACGUGUUACUUUCAAAGAUAACUUUGGUACAUAUAAAUGUUAGGUAAGAC